AUGAACUUUAUACUUAUUCGACGAAACACUCCAGGUGUAAAUAUACAUCAAAUAAUUGCCGAUUUCAAGUCGUGUCCUCUUGAUCCAGAGGAAGAAAGAAGGAUAAAUGAAGAAAUAAAGAAAUGCAAGGACUAUGAAGCAGAUGUUGAUCGGCUGAAACAGGAAAUUGGAGACGUAAAAGAAAAUGUUACUGAAAUGCAAAAGAGCCUUGAUGAGGUAAACGAAAAUGUUACCAAAGUCGACAGAGACCUUGAUGACGUAACAGGAAUUGUUACUGAAAUGAAGAGUGAUUUUGAUGACGUGAAGGAAAAUGUUACAGAAGUAAAGAGUGACCUUGAUGGCAUGAAAAAAAAUGUUACUGAAGUAAAGAGUGACCUUGAUGACGUUAAGGAAAACGCUGCUGAAGUAAAGAGAGACUUUGAUGAGGUAAAAGGAAAAGUUACUGAAGUAAAAAGAGACCUAGAUGACGUAAAAGGAAAUGUUAUGAAUGUGCAGAAAGACCUCGAUGACGUGACAAAAAAUGUUAUUGAAGUAAAGAGUGACCUUGAUGAUGUGAAAGAAAUUUUUACUGAAGUAAAGAGUGACCUUGAGGAUGUGAAAGAGAGUAUUUUUGAAGUAAAGAGUGGCAUUGAUGACGUUAAAGAAAAUGCUACUGAAGUGAAGAGAGACCUUAAUGACGUAAAAGUAAAUGUUACAGAAGUAAAGAGAGACCUUGAUGAAGUGAAAGAAAAUGUUACUGAAGUAAAGAUUGGCUUUGAUGAGGUAAAAGGAAAUGUCAUAAAAGUGGAGAAAGGUCUUGAAGAGGUCAAAAGACGACAACAGACAGAGAUAGAUAGCAGAAAAGACUUUCCGAAACAGACAGAGGAAGAAAAAUAUCAAACUCGCAAGAAGGAGCUCAAAGAUGGUUUGAUUGAAUUCUACAAAACGAGACACAGUAAAAUUUUCCUGUCGCCCCUUUUCGAUGAAAAUGACACGCCUUUGGCUUCUUUCUACAUAAGACCUGCAUUGAACUUAAUAAUCUCAGCACCGAUGAGAAAUGAUGAAAAAACACCAGUGGAAUCGUUAUCAGCGAUGUUUAAAACCGAGAAUGAAGCCAACCGAGAAAUAUAUGUUAUUGCUGAUGCUGGUCUCGGAAAAACUGCAUUUUCAAACUAUCUGGCGAUCACGUGGUGUCAAGCUCAUUUUCCAGAUGAAAAAAUGACUCAAUCUUUUGAAAAGGACGAUAUAGACUGUAUGCAGGGAUUUGAUUUCUUAUUUUUGGUCUUACUGCGAGAUUCUAACGAUUUAUGUUCUAUAGAUGAUCUCAUUUUAAAAAAGAUUGUUUCCAAUGUGGGUGUACAAGAAAAGCCUUCCGAGGAUUUUCUCCUUAAAAUUUUGAAGAAUGAGAAAUGCCUCGUUAUACUUGAUGGACUAGAUGAAUGGACACACCCAGAAAAGGAAUGUCACAGAUCGCCGCGAGCAAUCCCCCAUAGGAAUGACAGAGAAAAGUGUACAAUACUGACCACUACAAGACCAUGGAAAUUAGGAGUUUUGAAUCUAAAUUCGUGCCAAAUAGAAAAAAAGGUAGAACUUACAAAACUGAGUUACAAAUCAGCAGUUACACUUACAGAAAGGAUAUUACAAAGAUUGAAAUCUUACCCGAAUAAGGAUGCAUUACAACUUGAUGUCACAGCGUAUAUAACAGGCAUCGAAAGCAGCCAAAAUGAUGAACUUAUUUCUGUGCCUCUACUUUUGAUAUAUACAAUUUGUUUAUGGUGUGACGGUGUUCAAAUAGGAAAUUCAAAAUGUGAACUCUAUAUAAAUAUAGUAGAACUGCUCUUUUCAAGAACGAUUCAGAAGCAUGGGAAUCUUCAACAAUUGUGUGACCUUUCUGAAAGUGACAUCCCAAAAUGCUUUGCUAAAUAUGAAAACUGUACGAAAUGCUCCUCACUCCUGAUGUGUUUAGGGAAAUUAGCUUAUUUAACGUUAUUCAAUGAAACCAAAGAAACCACGCUAGUAUUUGAUAGAUCAGUUGCUGAAAAAUAUCUUUCAAUAGACGAGAUGAAUUUCACCCUUAAUGCAGGUGUGUUGUCGGAAAGUACAUCCAAAACACUGACAAAAAAGUUUAGUAAAGUAUCAUUUUCCCACAAAACAGUUCAAGAAUUCUUUGCUGCAAUAUUUAUAAGUUCUGAAAAUGAGGCUCAGAAAACUGUUGUAGAAACAUGUAGAAAUGCUCAAGUGAUUCUGGACAUGUCAAAAAUUUAUGAAUUUAUAAGUAAAAUGAAUUCUAAUCGGAUGUGUGUAAUAUUAAAUGAUCUGAAGUCUGUGAUAAAUGAAGACGAGAAAACAUACGGCUAUAGAAUUAUGGUAGAUAAUAAUUACGCCACGAACAAUAAUCCAUUGUAUGCCAUACAGAAAAUGUACAUGUCUUGUUUACAAGAAAUGCCUGAAAGUGAAAAUAUUCAAUUAUGUUUACAAGAUUUCUUCAUUGACCACGACACCAUGCACAAUAAGCAGUUACAACGUUUGUUAAAACAAAACAAAACCAACAUAAAAUCACUUAAUAUAAACAUCAGCCGUACUUCCAGCAGUUUACGUGAAAUAAUAGAUUUAUUCUCUCUCUCAGAUCUCAGUCAUAUUCAUAAACUUUACUAUUGUGGUGACAAUGAGAAGGAGGCUGAGAUAAAUCGGAUAUUUGUUUCCCAGUUUGCAGCGCGUAUAUUGAAGAGUGGUAAAUGGACAAAUGAUUUUGAAGAAAAUCUGAGUAAAAACAUGGCGCGAUGUCAAAACUUACAAUAUUUACAAAUUCACAACUUCGCGUUAUCUCACAAAAAUACUGGA